GUUGAGCUUGUGCACAAAAUUGGUAUUUACCUGUAUCCACGAAAACAUUGUGAUCCAUCAAUUCAGGAUAGACUUUGCGUUGGUACACAAAAGUAAUAACCUGAGUUUAAUCUGACUGACUUUUAGUCCAUAAAUGGUUAUGUGGUUCUUCAACAGAAAGAACUUGCUCACAAUAAUAAGAAGAUGGCUAUAUGUGUUUUCCAUAGGGUUCUGGCUUUUCAUGGUCCUAGGACCAAUUUCCGUAAUGGCGUACUUGACCUUCCACCGGAUACUCAUACCAAUUGGGUCAUACUCGAUUCCACUCCAGUUUUUUAAUACUGGUAAUUUUUUUGCCUCCUCAAUUGCUAACGUGACUUUAGAUCAUUGGAUUCCCGAACUCAACAAACACCCGGGAUUGGCGUAUCUGGUAAGUUUGAAGCUUGAACUUUUCUGUAACAGGAAUAGAGCCGAUGACUUGUUCCGGUUUCCUAGUACUUUCAGAAUCGAUGGUACUGACGUGAUAAAAACUUCCAACUUCAUCAUGAAUUGUGAUUCUCGGUCAAUAUACCGCCACAACAACAUUGUAGUUCCAUAUAAUCUUCGAUUCUGGGUCAGUCCGGUGCUUUCAAAUCUCAAUAAAAAUGUGAAUGUUGAGUUUGAGUACUUGAAGAUGACGGGCAUGGAGCUAGUGAAACACUUGAAGGAGCAUGUGGUUCACGUUCUGAUCGAGGGACACGUGAUAGUGAACGAUGACAACACAUUUCUUGAGCUUACAGUGCAGAGGGAUGGAUUCCGGUACUAUUUGCAGAAAUAUCCCAUCCAGUCAUUUGUGUAUGGAGUUUUAAUAUUCUGGAGUUUUUCGGUGUUUUUCAGCUUGGUGAUAGCUUUUGGCCUCUUUGCCAGUGAUGAUAGUACCAGCAAGAGAAAAAAGAGGUUCGAGUCGAAAACCCAGUUCAAUCACGAGACGUUGAGCAAGGAGGAUGCUGCAUUUGUGUUGAACGAGCGGCAAUGGUUACAAAACUACCAAUUGUCUGCUGUGAAAAGUGAAGAGUCUAAAGAUGUUGCCGAGGGAGAGCUGGUGUCUAUAAAAGAAGAACCUGAAUGAUCUUGAGUCGAAAAGGAAUCUGAGAUUCUCCAAAAACCUGAACGAUCUAUGUGCAACUAAAAACCCAAAUUAUCUAUUAAUGUACACAAUUAAAAUUU